GGGCUGGAGCAAUACCCGCUCGCGGAAAGGAAAAUGUGAUUUGCACCUGGGGCCUGACGUCAGGCGGAGCAGGAAGCAGCGCUGCGGUCGGAGCCUGCCGGGGAUCGCUCGUUGUGUCGCUGGCCCUUCCCCCGCAGCCGGGCUGGGGCAGGCCGGGAGGACAGGUCUCGGAGAAGAGGAAGCUUUGGGAGAAAAUCCGCCUCCGCAGCUGACGGAGGAGGCCGAGAGCGGCGAGCCCGGGCGCGCACCAUGCGCGGCUGAGGGGGCCGAGCGGGACGCGGAGCCAUGGCCCUGCAGCCGCCGGCCCUCGCCCCCAGGGCGGGCUCGGCCCCGGCGCUGUACAUCCACAGCAUGCCCGCCUGGGUGCUGGAGGACUUCUGCCAGAAGAUGGACUGCCUGAGCGACUACGACUGGAUGCGGUUCGCCUCCUACGUGAUCACUGAUCAAACAGAGCUACGGAAAAUCAAGUCCAUGGAGAAGACAGGGAUCAGCAUCACAAGGGAGCUGAUGUGGUGGUGGGGAGUGAGGCUGGCAACAGUGCAGCAGCUCCUGGACCUGCUGCAAGGGCUGCAGCUCUACCGAGCAGCUCAGGUCAUCCUGGACUGGACAUCUGCCUCUAACGUUACCAGCCCUGAGAAAAAGGAGCCAGUAGAGCCCCCCAAACAGGAGAUCACAUCUGUACCUCCCACAGAAGGCCAAAGGAGAGAGAAAGAAAACGAGAUAAGCGUGUUGCCAUCGCCAGGCUCAGCAGGCAUUUCAGGUGCUGUUUCUGAAGGAGCCUUGUAUUCCCUCCCUGCUCCACCACCUCCCCCGAGAGACCUUUUGAAUUCCCUACAGUCCAGUCCUCCUGUCUCAUCAAGUGUGAAGCCUUGCAGCUCUUCUACUCCUCAGCAGGAGACAAUGGCUGAUCUCCCCAGCGGGAGUCUCCUGUGGGCCCAGAGGGAAGUUACUAAUGCCACGAACGGUUUCAGUGACAAGAACAGAAUCUGUGAAGGUACUUUUGCAGAUGUCUACAAAGGUCAGAGGAACAACGUAGUGUAUGUCAUCAAAAGACUGAAAGAGCUGGAAUGCACAAGCCCAAAUUCUACCCAGAGGUUCUUUCACACGGAAGUGCAGAUUUGCUUUCGGUGCUGUCACAUCAACAUUCUGCAGCUGCUGGGCUUCUCGGUGGAAACUGGCCUGCACUGUCUGCCCAAUGGCUGCCUGCAAAACAAGCUCCAGUGCCAGGAUGAUUGUGCUCCACUGACCUGGGAGAUGCGAAUUAGCAUUUCUGUGGGAGUCAUCCGAGCUGUGGAGUAUUUACAUAAUUUUGGAAUUCUUCAUGGGAAUAUCAAAAGCUCAAAUGUCUUGUUGGAUGAAAACUUUACGCCAAAGCUUGGACAUUCUGGCCUGCGAUUGCAAUCUGCCGAUAAAAAAUCAGAAUAUGCCGUGAUGAAAACCAAAGUCUUACAAGCUUCUCUUACUUACCUGCCAGAAGAUUUUAUCAGACAUGGGAAGUUAACAGAAAAAGUGGAUAUAUUCAGCUGUGGUGUGGUCUUAGCAGAGGUACUGUCGGGGCUUAAGGCACUGGAUGAAGGCAGACACCCAAUUUAUCUGAAAGAUAUGAUUGCUGAUGAAAUUCAAACAGCGAAAGAAAGCUCACACUCCAAAGUAAAAACUUUGGAAAAGCUGGCUGCCAAUGAAAUCUGCUGCAAAUACCUAGACAGGAAAGCAGGACACUUGCCAGAAGAGGUUGCAGUUGAUUUUGCCUCAGCCAUCUGCCUCUGCCUGAGAAAGAAGAGUUCUAACAUAGCAGAGGUGCUUGAAAUUAUGGAAAUGGCUGAAAAUAAAUUAAGAGAGCAUUACAUCUGUGGAAGCAGCACUUCCGGCUUCUCCAUGAACACUCCAGAAGAAACCGAUGAUGAGACUGCCAGUCUGAGCAUGGAUGUGCCUUCUGCAGUGGGGAAUAAAGAGGAGAGUGCCCAGGCAGCCAUCCUGUCCAGUGCCAGCCCCUGUGCCCCUUCCAUGGGAGCCACGGCACCCGACACCUUCUGCGGACACGUGUCACGGGUCCCUUGUGAAUCAGAUGAGUCCAGUAGUUUCAUAUGGAAUCCUCCAGAAAAAUCCACAGAGGAGCUAUCUAGCCACAGCUGUACCACUUCAGAAAAGGUGGCAGGUUCUGGUCACGGGGUCAAGCAGGAGAAACCUGCCCAGGGACUGCAGGAGAGGAACGCGGCGUGUGCCAGGGGCGUCGUCGUCCCAGAGGCAGCAGCUGCUGCCCAGGGCACCUGUGCACGGGACAGCCUGGACUCCUGUGCUUCACAAGCCUUAGCCAGAGAGACAUCUUGGAAAAUACAGAUAAAUGACCAAAAAAAGAAGCUCAUGGAAAACAUUUUGCUGUAUGAAGAAGACAAGUUAAACAGUUCUGAACUUUUUGAAUCAUAACUUGGAUGGAUUUAUUAGCAGUGGCCAGCUUAGAAGAAGAAAUAAGGACUGUCUCUUCAUUAGAAAGAUGGUAAAAACGUACUUUUCAUGUAAGGUUA